UGGCUCCCGACUUCCGGGUCGCGGUGCUUGCAGGGAGCGGACCGCGGGUAGCGUCGUUUCCGUUGCCGGCAGUUUGCAGUUGGGGAAACCGAGGCAGCUCCAGCUCCCCCUAGUUCUUCCGCUCUCGUGAGGGAAAAAAAAAAAAUGUUUAUUUCUUUGUGGGAGUUCUUCUAUGGGCACUUUUUCCGAUUUUGGAUGAAAUGGCUCUUAAGACAGAUGACUGGAAAAUGUGAAUUGCAGCGAAUUUUUGAUACCUAUGCAGGUGCACAGAGGACACACAGAAUAGAAAAUUCCUUGACAUACUCCAAGAAUAAGGUUUUGCAGAAAGCAACACUUGUCGUUGAGAGUGAAGUGGACAGGUGUGUAGAAGAUAUAAUGAAGGAAAAGAAUAUUAACCCCGAGAAGGAUGCCAGUUUUAAAAUCUGCAUGAAGGCAUGCUUACUGCAGAUAUCUGGUUAUAAGCAGCUCUAUUUGGAUGUAGAAAGUGUGAGGAAAAGGCCAUAUGAUUCUGAUAACCUGCAACAUGAAAAGCUGCUUCUCAAGCUUUGGAAUCUUCUAAUGCCCACGAAAAAGUUGAAGGCUAGAAUCUCCAAGCAGUGGGCUGACAUUGGUUUCCAGGGUGAUGAUCCCAAAACAGACUUCAGAGGCAUGGGCAUACUUGGAUUAAUCAAUCUUGUGUAUUUCAGUGAAAAUUAUACCAGUGAAGCUCAUCAGAUUCUUUCCCGUUCAAAUCAUCCAAAAUUAGGGUAUUCUUAUGCAAUAGUUGGAAUCAAUCUUACGGAGAUGGCUUAUAGCUUGCUGAAGAGUGAAGCUUUGAAAUUUCACCUCUACAACUUUGUUCCCGGUAUACCAACAAUGGAACACUUUCACCAGUUUUAUUGUUAUCUGGUCUAUGAAUUUGACAAGUUUUGGUUUGAAGAAAAGCCAGAAAGCAUCAUGUAUUUCAACAUAUACAGAGAGAAGUUUCAUGAAAAGAUUAAAAGACUCUUACUGGAUUAUAAUGUAUCACUUACUUUAAAAAUAUGACUCACCCAGAGUAUCUUCUACUUCUCCCACAUUUUGCACACACAACAGAAUUUAUAUGUUGUAAUAGAAAUUAUCUGAUCAAUUACAAAACUAUUUCAGAAAUUCUAUUUAAAAAAGCUAGUGGACAAUCAGUGUAUGUUUACACAUAUUUAUACACUGUCCUCCAAAGGUACCUUAUCCUUCCAAAGAUCCCCUCUGUAGAGUUCUGUGAACUACAGUUUGGAACUUGGGACUUAGCCCCUUUAGUGUAAACGUACAAAUCAGGUAUUUUUAUUAAAUUGAGUAAAAUGUGUAAACAUCGGUUUUCAUUUUUAUGUGUUGUAGCCAUCGAGUUGGUAGCUUUUCAAAGCUGUUAGGAUUUUUUGUUGUUUAGUCUUAAAAUUAUUUCCUUUGUCUUAUUUUAUUUGUAGGUUAGUUAACGGAAUAGUUUUUGUUUGCAUCUCAAUCACAUGUCAUAGUAUUGCCUCCUUAAGAGCAACAGGAACAGAUAGAUAUGUCAGAGAGGAUAAAGAAUUAUGGCCUCCUUUUUGGUUUCUCUGAUUAUUUAGGUACUGAAAGAAUGACAGUAUUGGUAGUUAGUUUUUUUGUUUUUAAAUACCACACUUUGGAAUACCAUGGUGUAAUUUUAACACUUAAAGACAUUUUCUCAUCUUCAGUAUUUGCUUUUUAUCAGUUAAGGAAAAGAUCCUUAUUGUUUGGUCUGAGGGCCUUUUAUGAGGCUUUUCUACCUGUAUAUGUUUGUGGAAAGAGAUGCGUUUGCUAAGAAAAUCUCAGUUAUAUUCAAAGAACAGGUGCUAUUUCAAUAAAACUGUUUGAAUUUUAACAAGAGGAAAACAAAGCUUUUUAAAUAUCUCAGUUAAACGUCGUUUGUUUAUUUUACUUACUGUUGAGUCUUGCUUCUCUUUGCUUUGACUCCAGCAUGUUUCUAGAUAAUGAUGUCUGGACUUUGUGGGUAUUAUUUGAGUUAACACUAUGUGGGAUUCUAAAGUAGCCUGAAGAUGAUGACUGUGCAUUUUGUAUAGCUUUAUUCUCCGAAAAUCUCAGGAGAACAGCACGUGCUGUCAAGGACUGUAGAGUGAUGAGAUUCUAAUGGGAACAAUUUCUUCUUUGUGUGUUUCAGACAUUUGUACUCAAAGCAAAACUAUGAGAGUUUAAAGAUUGGUUCAUCUGAUUACCAAAUUCUCCAUAAAUCCUGUGUUAGACACAUAAUCUAAAAUACGAUAGCACAUCUUUAAAGUAGUGUUUAAGGACUGGCUUUUUUGUGAUAUAGCAAUGCCUGAGACUUUCAAGGAUUUGUUCAUAUCUAUUGACAAACCUCUCUCUUCAAACUGACCAAAGAGAAGAGUGGUAAGAAAUAUCCAAUUGGAAAAUAACAGAUGCAGCGUUGUAUAGCACACACAUUAAAAGUGCAUGAAUUAAAUCUCUUUUUUUCAAUUAGAUAAAACUGUUGAAUUGGGCUCAUUUUAUUAUAAUAGUGGUAGUUUAGUUUUCAGUAUUAAAUGGAUUUUAAAACUGGUUUCUUGUAGGAGACUUCUCAACCUUGAGAGUAUCUUAAUGUCUUUAUUCUCUAUACUUUAUCAUCCAGCCUGAGUUCUGUGAGGUAAGGAUCAGAUAUUAACCACUGAAGUUGAUUUUCUCAAGGUGUUUACUCUUACAUGGAAAGCAGUUGUUAGUCUUUAGUUUUCAUUUAGAAAAUACUUAGCUUUAUCUUUCAGUCUUUUAAUAGAUGAGGUCUUGACCUCAUUUAAACCUCUGUCAGUAUGCUUAAUAAAAGAAUGAUUCAAGUAUGGAAGAGGAAACUUUUGAAGUAAUAAAAUUUUUCCCCUUCUAGGGAGGAAACAGACUUUUUAGUGAUGUUUUUAAAAUGUCAUUAGAAAUUUUGCUCAAUAGUGUAUUACUUAAGUCCACCUCUGUAUAAUACAUUAUUCUGUUUUUACUUAAAACAAUCCAUAACCAUUUCAGAUAGUUCUCUAGUAAAUUGUUUUAAAAGCCACCAACAGAUUCUAAGGUUUUAUAGUUUGAAAGCCAAGCUAAAUGUCACCAGUUGUAAAUUAGACUAUAACAUGAGCCUCUGACUUUCAUGUGAUAGUGACAUAUAUGAAAAGAAAAAUAUGAUAACUGUGUCUGCCUUCCUGCUUUUCCUUGCUUUCAACAUAUGUAUGUUAGAAUUUUAGGUAGUCUAAAAAUCCAUAUUUAGAAUCUUACCUGUUUCUUUAAUAAUAAAAUUACCAAAGUAGUGAUAGAAUUGAAGUAGCACAAAGAUUGUUUUAGCAUCAAAAAAGUGAAUCAGUGUUGAAAUGAAUUUUUGUGUGUGCCAGAUUAAAGAGUGUACCAGUGACAAGAAGAGUCUAAAAAUAAAAAUGUAAUUACAGUGCUUGCAGUUCAAUAUGUUCUGAAAGACAAUCUUUAAAGAAUUGAGAGAGAUUAAAGGAUAUCCAUGAACCUAGACCAACUUCUCUUUGUAUAUAAAUAUGGUGAUAUAGUUAGAUAUAAAAAUCAGUGUCUUCCUGGCAUCAUUUAUGAUUUAGAAAAUAGAAUCUUUUAAAAAUGCCCAUCCUGAUUUUUUUUCUAUUUUAAGAGCUACUUGGAUUUGUAUAUAUUUUUCUAUGUGAAGAUGUAUGUACUCUUCAUUUUUAUUCCAGUGUUCAUAAUUACUGUUUCUCCCCUUUGCAUUCAGUGAAAUAGAACUUGGUCAAAGAUUUGCUUAAAGGAGAAGCAUUACAUGAGUGUGAAAGUGGAGGAGUGCUCGUUUCCAGAACAGGAAAGAUUACAUGUUAUCUCGGCACAGAAGAGAAGUUUGACUUGGAGGGCAAUAAUGUUUAUUAUUCUUCUCAAAUUAAUAGUUGGGGACCAGCAGCUAUUUUCUCAGGAUAAAUGGUCCACCCAACUUCUGGAGAGGUUUAAAUUUCCAUUUUCAUAUUUAUGAACCUCUCCACAUAAGCAUUUUUUUUUAAUGAAGGUUAAUGGAAUUGGUAAAAGUCUGAGAGGAAUCAUGAGUGAGGUUUUCUGUUUUUGUUUUUGUUUUUUCCUGGCUUCAACUUUGGACAGAGAAAUGUUAAAUGUAGUACAGGUAAGACCUAACUACUACAUUACUGUUACAGGGUGAGUCUGUGUUUCUGUUAAAGUGUUCAAAAAGUAUUUAAGCAGUAGCUUUCCCUAGGGGGAAGAGUGCUGUUUGGCAACUUAAAGAAAUAGAUUUUUGUCUAUGUUGGAUAAAGUAGUUCUUAUGUGAAAGCAAUAGAUGAAAUGUGAUGUCAUUUUGUUGAAUGUUGUGAGCAAAUAAAAACAUGUUGAAAUUGU